GCGAGAAGGAGGGACAGCAGUCAAAUGUGGCAUUGAGACCAGAGAGAGAGAGACAAAGGAGGGAAAACAGAUUGUGUAUUUAAAUGUAUCGCCUCGGGUGAAGCUUCAGUAACGACGAGGGAGAGCGUGUCUUCCUGUGCAGCAGCUCUGCAGCCUUCACUUCUUUGUAUUAUUAGCAGCAGUUUGUGCUUCGGUCAACUCGGAGCCGAGAAGCAGCCGGAGGGGAGUCCGAGGAAACUUUAAGAUUGAGCUUCUGGGAGAGUUAAGGGAUUUUUAUUUGAGAAGAUAAAGGAGCGUUGGGUGAAACCGAGGAGGCAAAAAUGAACCAAACUGCCUCCGUUUCCCAUCAAAUCGACUGCCAGCCAUCCAAGGAUACCAAGGAGUUUGUGGAUGUCAGCCCCCCACAGAGGAACUGGAAGGGCAUCGCCAUCUCUCUGCUGGUGAUCGUGGUGGUCUGCUCGCUCAUCACCAUGUCUGUGGUUGUCCUCACACCCGUGGAGCUCCCUGGCAGCAGCAAGUCGAAGCUGACCGUGGCGGAUCUGUACAAACCGGAGUUCGGCGUUCACGACCCCGAGGCCACGUGGAUCAGUGACUCAGAGGUGGUGUACAGGAACAGAGACGGUCACGUCAUCAAGUUUAACUUCGAGCUGAACGAGACGGAGGUCAUUCUGAGCAACAGCACGUUCGUGGCUUUCAAGGUGGCAAAGUACUCUCUCUCCGCAGAUCUGAAGUACGUGCUCUUCGCCUAUGACGUCAAACAGGUGUACAGAUACUCCUACACGGCGUCCUACGUCGUUUACAACAUCUACACCAGGGAGGUGUGGGAGCUGAACCCUCCUGAGGUUCACAACGCUGUGCUCCAACAUGCAGCGUGGGGAAGACAAGGACAACAGCUGAUCUACAUUUUUGAGAAUAACAUCUACUACCAGUCCGACGUGAGGAGUAACUCUCUGAGAAUCACCUCCUCGGGGAUGGAAGGAGUCAUCUUCAACGGACUUGCCGACUGGUUGUACGAAGAGGAGAUUCUGGGUUCACACCUGGCUCACUGGUGGUCGCCUGACGGAGAGAAACUGGCCUUCCUCACCAUCAACAACUCUCUGGUACCCAAUAUGGUUCUGCCCCAGUUCACCGGCAACACCUACCCUAAAGGACUACAGUACCCGUAUCCUAUGGCCGGUCAGAUGAACCCUGCCGUCAGAUUGUCUGUGGUCAACCUGUUUGGAGCGACACACACUCAGGAGCUGCAGCCUCCGGAUCAGCUCCGGCUCAGGGAUUUCUACAUCACCAUGGUGAAGUGGAUCAGUAAUACUCACCUCGCUGUGCGCUGGCUCAACAGGCCCCAGAAUGCUUCACUGCUGACUGUGUGCGACGCCACCAUCGGAGUGUGCGUGCAGAGACAUGAGGAGUCUUCGGACACAUGGCUCCCACGACAGGGACAGCAGCCGCUGUUCUCCAAAGACAGGAGCCGCUUCUUCUGCACUCUGCCGGUCAAACAGGGAGGUCAGGGAGACUUCCACCACGUCACCAUGUUCAGCAGGAAGCUACGAAGUGAGCAGGAUGAAGUCCGACACUUGACGUCGGGAGACUGGGAGGUGACGAAAAUCGUAGCCUACGAUGAAAACAACCAGAUCAUAUACAUCCUGAGCACAGAGGACUCUGCACAGCAGAGACAUUUAUACAGUGUGUCCACACUCGGCCUGUUUCCACGGCGAUGCCUCACCUGUGGACUGAAGGAGGACUGUUCAUUCUUUGACGCCGACGUCAGUCCUGACGCACAGCACGCCAUCCUGUACUGUAAAGGUCCUGGAGUUCCCGCUGUGCUGCUUCUCAGUCUGGAUGACGAGGACUCAUAUUUCAUCUUGGAGAACAACCUCCCCCUGCGGUCGGCGCUGGAGACUAAAAAGACGAUUCAGUCGGAGAUCCGGAUGAUCACUAAUGACAACUUUGAGCUCCCUCUGAAGCUCAUCUAUCCUCCCGACUUCUCCGAGUCCUACCUCUACGGCCUCCUCCUCAUUGUUGGCGGUUCUCCUGGCGACCAGGCAGUGACAGAGGAGUUCAGACCAGACUGGGACUGGGUCCUGGUGGGAUCAGGGCAGGUCAUUGUAGCACGACUGGACGGCAGAGGGUCUGGGUUCAGAGGUCAAAGGAUUUUGCAGCAGGUCCACCAGGGCCUCGGCACAGUGGACACCCAGGACCAGAUAGCAGCUCUGGAGUACCUGACGGAGCUGCCGUUUGUUGAUCGCACUCGAGUCGGAGUCUUCGGAGAGGACUACGGCGGCUUCCUCACACUGAUGAUGCUGAAGUCGACGGAGAAGCUGAUCCGAUGUGCUGCAGCUCAGGCUCCUGUCAUCGACUGGACAAUGUACGCUUCUGCGUUCUCGGAGAGAUAUCUUGGCUCGCCUUCAUCUGAGGAGAACAAAUACCAAGCGUCGAAAGUCCUGCCCAACAUGAAAGGUCUGCAGGGAGGAACUCUGUUUCUGGCCCAUGGCACCGCUGAUGCGAACGUUCACUUUCAGCACUCGGCAGAGCUCAUCAAACACCUAAUAAAGAUUGGAGCCAAUUAUACUAUGCAGAUCUACCCAGACGAGGGACACUUCCUGUCAAGACGCAGCCGGAUUCAGCUGACUCACUCCCUAAUUGGUUAUUUUGGAGGAUGCCUGCUUGACGCAUCAUCAUUACUUGGCCAACAACAACGUGACGACGAGUGAGAGGGAAUGUGGUCGUUACCAGUGUGUGUGUGUGUGUGUGUGUGUGUGUGUGUGUGUUUUUAUACCUGUAGCACAACGUUUGAUGGACAAAACAAGCUUCUUCAACAUAUCAAGUAUAGUUUCUAUCACCUCAGUAGAGUAAAGCGCCGACAGUUGAGUAUCAAGUUUCACCUGUAGAUCAGAGAAAAUGCUUCAUUUUUGUGUGACGGAGAGAUUUUUCUUAAAUUCGCCAAAAUGUGGGUGAAGUUUGGUGUGGGAGGUGAUAGAAUUAGAGUUUUCUCUUGAUGCCACUGGCAACCAUGACAGGCUACAAUUGGCACAUUCACCUGAAACAGAAAGACGUUUUUAUUUGUGGACACAUACCUUGACGAUUAUGUCCCUUGACAGUGUUUUGUGCUACUUUCAUGCAUCUGUGUCAUGUAGAAGCAGGAUAAAAAAAGCAGGUUUAGUCAUUGUGGUUCUGGUUCAAGUCCCUGAAAACUUAAAAUGUCAUGUAUUCAUCAACAACGUUAAACAAUCAUGAAAGAAAAGGCGAAAGACUAAGUGAAGUUUGGACAAAAACAUCCGUUUUGUACAGGUUAGUUCAAUAAAAAUUCAGAUGACAAACAAGCCAAUGACAAAGUGCAUUUCCCCUCUGACUAGUUAAAUAAGAGAGAGUUUGGGGGAGCUAGCAUGCUAACCAGCUAGCCUGUCCGGUCUCGUAAAACCACAUUGUAUCUCAAGAGGUGGUAGUCAGAUAGUAACCUCCUUCUAACAGUGGGGCUAACAGUGUCAACAGCAACACUAACCCGUUAGUCUGGCUUGCUGCACAGCUAAUUGAGCUAACUAGCCAAAGGUAGCCAUAUUCAUGUCGAGGUUACUGGGUUGUACUUCCUGUGCUGGUCAAAACUACUGUGAGUUACUUUCAAGUCCUUAGAAGCAUUCGCUAAUUGUGCUAAGGAAUAAAAAUAGUGUUGGUACUUUUAACUCGAUUAAGUCACUAAGCUGGAUCUUAAUGAAUGAAUGACCCGCUGCACUAAUCACUGUAAGAAAGAUUUGGUGUCCUGUUACUGUGGAAGCUGCGACAGGACACGCGCUUAAUUCAAGCACGGUAUGAUGGGGCUAGUUAGCAGCUGUUGGCAUAAGACUGCGACAUUUUUAUUAAUUUACAUCAACAUUUCUACAGACUGAAACUUUACCUGAGGGUGUAAAGGGAAGCAGAUCAUUUGUAACCGUGAGACGACCUCGAAGAAGAAAAACCCGUCUGUCACUCAAGUCUGUGUAUUCUCGUGGGGGCGGCUUCUUCUCCUGUUUACCAAAUAUGGUAGCAGAUCCGUGAGGUCAUAGAGCCUUUAAUUAGACAGCAAUAGAGCUAAACACAUGUACAGUACUUCAUGUUGUAAGAUCUUUUUUAUUACACUGUCUCCUGGUCGGUGUUUGUGUUUAACUGAAAGUUAUUUAUUUAUUUAUUUAUUUAUUUAUUUAUUUAUUAUCAGUUUACAGUAACUUUUUCGACUAAUAAUUCAAAUUUUGUGGGAUUAAAGGGACAGGAAGUGAUUUCAUUUUGUUUGUUUUUACAUGAUUCACUGUAAUUUCUGCUGUAAUGUACUCGUGCACUCAUUCAUGACAGUUUCGGGAUGCUAUUUUAAUUUUCUACAUUUUUUUUUAUAUAUUCUACUGGUUUCCAAAGUGGUUUCGAGCCAUUAAACGCUCCUCUGAGUCCUCGCAUAACAAAACACUCUAGCAACAUUUCAGUUAUGUAACUUCAAUUGAAACUCGUGUCCUGAUUCAUUCAUUAAAAUUAAUUUAAAAAGCUG